AUGCAACACAUACAUGGGCAUGGUAAUACUGAUACUGAUACUCCUACCAGUACACAUACCCAUCCUAAUUCAUAUACCCUUUCUCACACAGCACAUAUUCUCUCACAUACACAUACAUAUAGACAUUUAUAUUCACAUGCACAUACACAUUUAUAUCCACAUGAACAUACUCAUGAAUAUGCAUUUUAUAAUAUACAUAUUAACAAAUGCAUUAUAAUAGUGCCAUAA